AUGGACUAUAAUAGGAUGAACUCCUUCUUAGAGUACCCACUCUGUAACCGGGGACCCAGCGUCUACAGCGCCCACCACAGCGCCCCUACUUCCUUCCCCCCCAGCUCGGCUCCCGAUGUUGACAGCUACGCAAGUGAGACCCGCUAUGGUGGGGGGCUGCCCAGCCCCGAGCUUCAGCAGAACUCAGGCUAUCCCGUCCAGCCGCCGCCUUCGGCACUGGGGGUGCCCUUCCCCAGCUCCGCGACCUCGGGGUACCCCCCGGCAACUUGCAGCCCCAGCUAUGGGCCUUCUCAGUACUACCCUCUGGGCCAACCAGAAGGAGAUGGAGGCUAUUUCCAUCCUUCGAGCUAUGGGGUCCAGCUAGGGGGCUUGUCCGACGGCUAUGGAACCGGUGGAGCUGGCCCCGGACCGUACCCUCCGCCACAGCCCCCUUACGGGACCGAGCAGAGAGGGAGCUUUGCACCGGCCUAUGCUGACCUCCUCUCCGAGGACAAGGAAUCGCCCAGCACGUCAGAACCCAGCGCCCCCACUGCCCGGACGUUCGACUGGAUGAAGGUUAAGAGGAACCCACCCAAGACAGCAAAGGUGUCGGAGCUGGGCCUGGGCGCUGCCGGCGGCCUCCGCACCAACUUCACGACGCGGCAGCUGACGGAGCUGGAGAAGGAGUUCCAUUUCAACAAGUACCUGAGCCGGGCCCGGAGGGUGGAGAUCGCCGCCACCCUGGAGCUCAACGAGACGCAGGUCAAGAUUUGGUUCCAGAACCGGCGCAUGAAGCAGAAGAAGCGAGAGCGGGAGGGAGGCCGGCUGCCCCCAGCCCCUCCAGGCUGCUCCAAGGAGGCCACGGGAGACGCCUCCGACCAGUCCACGUGCACCUCCCCGGAGGCCUCGCCCAGCUCCGUCACCUCCUGA